AUGAACACAUUCUUGGUUUUGUGCGUAACUUUCGCCAUUUGUGCGGCCUCUAACUACCAUCACGAUGGACAUCACUCCGGUCACUUUGGAGGUGGUGUUUCAGGAGGUUUUGGCGGCGGAGUAUCCGGUGGAUUUGGAAGCUCUGGACAUUUAGGAGGUGGCGGAGGAAUCGGUCAAGUCUCUGGCGGUUUUGUUGAAGGAUCCUCUUCUGGACAUUUGGGAGGUGGCGGUGGAUACGGUCAAGUCUCUGGCGGUUUUGAUGGAUCUUCUGGACAUUUGGGAGGUGGCGGUGGAUUCGGUCAAGUCUCCGGUGGUUUCGGUGGAGUGCAACAGCAAUUUGGACAAAGCGCAGGCGGUUUCGGUGGAUCCUUCAGUCAAUCUCAUGGAGGUGCAUCUGCUGGUCAAUUCGGAGGUCAUCAAAUCGUCCAAAACAAGAUUGUAACUGUGACCAAGGAAGUUCCAGUACACAUUCCACAACCGUACCCAGUUACCGUGACAAAAGAAGUUAAAGUUGGAGUACCACAACCGUACCCAGUUCACAUUCCAAAGCCGUACGCAGUACCAGUCCAAGUGAAGGUCCCAGUUCAUAUCCCAAAACCAUACCCAGUGAAAAUCACCCACCAAGUACCAGUUAAAGUACCUGUUUACGUAAAAGUUCCUCAUCCAGUCAGGGUCGAAGUACCUGUUCCAAAACCAUACCCAGUCCAGGUAGUGAAAGAAGUUCAAGUAAAGGUACCAACCCCAGUGUAUGUUAAGGUCCCAGUCCACAUCAACACUCAAUCCGCUCAAAGCCAAGUCAACUACGCCCCAGCUGCUUCCGCCGGUUACCAGUCCCAAGGUAUAUCCUCUGGUUUCCAAGGUGGAGUCGAUGGUGGAUACUCAUCCGGAUCCGCUCAAUCUUUCGGCUCUGGUAUCCAACAAGGAGGAAACUUCGGUGACUUCUCAUCCGGUGGUAGCAGUGGUUUCUCUUCCGGCGGUAACGCUGGCUUCUCUUCCGGUGGACACUCUGACUUCUCUUCCGGUGGCAGUGAUGACUUUUCCUCCGGUGGCCACUUCCAAUCUCAAACCAUCGACUUAGGUUCCCAAGGCGGUUCUUACUCUGGAGACGCUGGAUUCAGCGGAGGCGAUUCCUACGGUCAAUCCAGUUUCGGCGCUGAUGGCGCUCAAGGACUUAAUGUGCAGAACUUCCAAAACUCAUACCAAUCAUCCUCUACCGGCGACUUCAACGGAUACAUUCCCAGCAAAGAAGGUGGCAUGUACAAAAAGCAAGGAUACAACAGCUACGCUUCCAGCUGGAAGUGGUGA